AUGGAAGACGAAGACUUUACAUUAGCUGCUUUAUUAGAAUUUAAAAAAGAAGAAGAGCAAAGACAAGAAGAAUUUGAAGCUUUAAAAAAUGUUGCAGAAGAAAGAUUUGAAGAAACUAAAUUAACUGAAGUCUUGGAGAAGAAAGGUAUGGAAUUAUUUCAAGAAGAUUGGCAAUUAUCACAAUUUUGGUAUAGUGAUGAAACUGCAAAUUUAAUUGCUGAUGAAUUAUUAGAUGGUGCUGAUUCUGAUACCGUGAUCUGUAUCGUUAGUGCACCAUCAGUUUAUGCUGCUAUUAAAAAAAGACAACCAUCAACAUUACCAACUAAAAACAUUUAUUUAUUUGAAUAUGAUACAAGAUUUAAAGUUCUUGAUCCUGAAAGAUUUGGAUUUUAUGAUUAUAAUAACCCAUUGGAAUUCUUACCUGAAUUGCAAAAUAAAGUUCAUAGAUUAUUAAUUGAUCCACCUUUUUUACAAGAUGAUUGUCAAACAAAGUCUGCUAUAACUGCAAAAGCUUUAUUAAAUCCAAAUAAAUCAUUGAAAACUAAGACUGGUGAAUUACAAUAUCGUUUAAUUUCAUGUACUGGUGAAAGAAUGAAAGAUAUCAUUCGUAAAAAUUAUCCAGAUACAAGACCAACAACUUUUUAUCCUGAACAUGCUAAUGGAUUAAGUAAUGAAUUUUUUUGUUAUGCUUCUUAUGAAGGUAAAAAUUGGAAAUUCUUACCUGAUAAUUGA